AUGAUAUGGCCUAGCGGCGCAGUGUUGUACAGCCUCGGUGAGGAUGAGAGCAAAGCCAUCUGCAUUCGCCGAGCCUCCAGGAUGGCACUGCGACUGGACCCUGUGGCGGAGGGCAGCACCACCGUGUUCUGCUUUGCCUGGACCACAUGGAAGCCCAAUGACUUGGAGCUCCUCCCAGAAGUGAGGCACGGGCUCCGGCAGUGCGACGGCUACCGGAUCUUCAGCGACCGCCAGCCCUUCGCAGGGCGAGAGGAGCUCUGGGCUUUGAGGCAAGCACAGGCUUCUGAGCGCUACCAGCAGAUGGAGCGGGUGCACGAGCUCUUCCAUGACCCCGAGGACAUGUUCGGCUCCAUGUUUGGGCGCAUGCACCGGAUGUUCGAGAUGGAUGACUUGAUGAAUGGUCGACGGGGGAACUUCGCCCGACAGACCUACGGCUUCACGGCGACCAAAGGCACGGACGGACAAAUGCACACGGAGAAGUUCGCGUCGAGCGCCGUGGGAAACACGGAGAAGCAGAUGCAGGAGGUCCAAGAGAUGUACAGCAACAGCCAGAGUGGGGAGGACAGGAUGUCCCUGGAACGCCAGCUGGGCAGUCGAGGGCGCAAGAUGGUCAAGGAGAGGACUGGCCAGGAUCAGCGCACAACGAACCUCUUCAAGGGCAUGGAAGAGAAGGACACCGCGGACUUCGACCAUCAAUGGACCGAGGCGGAGGUGUCUCUGCCGUGGCGGUUCCACAUCCCCCAAGCCAUGGACUGGCGGGCGCCGGCGCUGACGGGCGCGCCCAGGCCCGCGCUUGCUGGCAAAGCCAUGUGA